AGACUCAAACGCCUCAUCUCUCUCCCUCUCUCUCCCACGCACACUGAAAUGUCUACUACCAGAAGAAAGAUACUUCUGAACACAGUUUCAGUCGACAUAGGCUGUAGCUGCCGAAAACCAAAGCUCUUCAACAUAUUCCAUCCAAAACCAAAGCUGAAAACCCCGACAAACCGAAGACACAGACGCUCCCUCUCUUCUUCAACCUUAUGGGAGAAAGAGAACAGCACCUCCAGUACCACCACCGCUGCCAACACGUUCUCUCCAUGCAUUGAAUAUUCGGGAUAUUCAGACACUGAUGAGAACGAUAGGAAGGGGUCGAGGACUGUUGUCAGAGGCUUUGGCAGGAUAGACGGAGAGAGUGUUGCGGUGGAGAAAGAUUCCGACGACCCCUAUUUGGAUUUUCGGCAGUCAAUGCUCCAGAUGAUAUUGGAGAAUGAGAUAUACUCCAAGGACGAUCUCCGGGAGCUUCUCAACUGCUUUCUGCAGCUGAAUUCGCCGUACCACCAUGGAAUCAUUGUCAGAGCUUUCACUGAGAUAUGGAACGGGGUGUUUUCUGUGAGGUCCAGCUCGCCUAAGCUAAAUUUUGGGUUCAAGUCACGUGACUUCUAGGUGAUUCGCAUGCGUUUAAAGUAUAGUCCUAUGGCUAUGGCUAUGGAUGAUACAAUUAAUCUUGUAAUGCGGAUGUAUCAUGUAUAAUGUAUUUGCAGAAUGUAUAAAAACCAGGAUGGUCAUGGGAGUUUAAUAAAUGGCAGAAUUUUUUUUUCUUAA